UGUGUCACAGGAGAGGAGAACGACAAGUUCCUAGCGGUUGUUUUGGAAGUAGCUGCCACACGAUGGUGUCACUUAUGACCAGUCUUCAACAUCACACUGAUGAGGUGACGUGCUGCACCUUCUCCGCCUCCCUGCUGGCCACAGGUUCAGGAGACAAGAGCCUCCGUCUGUACAACACGGCAGACUUCUCUGAGCUUCCUUGCUCCCCACUCUCGGCUCAUGGAUAUGGGGUUCGCAGCUGCUGCUUCACCUCCUGUGGGGAUUACCUGCUCAGCUGCUCCGCUGAUGGGUCCGUCCUUGUGUGGAGCUGCAAGUCCGGCGAGGUGGACUCGGAGCUACAACACCCGAACCGAAGUCCGCUUCGAGUGUGUGCACUGGCCCCAGACUCCUCCCUCCUGAUGGCAGGGGCCAGCGAUGGGACUGUGGCUCUUUGGGACUUUACCUCCAGAACAUUACUCAGAUGCAGCCCAGUGAGCGAGGCCAGUGUGGUGGCUUGUUGUUUCUCUCCAUGCGGCCACAUGGUGGCGACAGGUUGCUCCCUGGGAGACCUCCAAAUUUGGGACGUGGACAACUGCCUGCUGCAUGCUGAAAAGAACGCUCACGACCUGGGGGUCACCUGCUGCACGUUUGCACCCCAGUUUGAAAUCGAGGACAGCCAUGUUCAGGUCCGCCUUGCCUCCUGUGGACAGGACAGCCAGGUGAAGAUAUGGAUGGUUUCUCAGCAUGAAGGACAUGCGUGUGUUGUGAAGCUCCUUCACACACUCACCAGUCAGUGUGCUCCAGUUCUGUGCUGUGCCUUCUCCUCUGAUGGCGAGCUUGUUGUUGCAGGCUCGGUGGAUAAAAGUGUUGCAAUAUAUGACACGGGCCGAGGAAUACUUCUCCACAGUUUAAAGCAACACGACAGGUAUGUGACGGCUGUGGCCUCGUCUCCCACCAUGCCCUGGAUGGCCACAGGCUCCAUGGAUAAAACCGUCAAUGUGUGGAAGAUAGGAGAUGGACACCCCGUAGCUGGAGCUCAGUCAGUGCAGACGACGUAUCAAGGAAGGAAGCAGCAAGCGUCUUUCUCCAGGCUGCUGCUCCCUGAUUGGUCGGAGGAGGAUGUGCAGGCAUGGCUAUGCGAGGAAGGUCUGGAGGAGCUUCUCGCCAUCUUCCGAGCCAACAACACGGACGGGGCAGAGCUGAGCCGACUGAGCAAGGAGACGGCCAUCGAGAUGGGAAUCGAGUCUGUAGGCCUCCGUGCUCGUCUCCUGAGGAGGAUCCAGGCCCUGAAGGUGGAGCUCAGUGCUCCUGACUGCCCUGAUGAGUUUGUGUGUCCCAUCACCAGGGAGCUGAUGAAGGAUCCCGUCAUCGCUGCAGACGGGUUUUCCUAUGAAAGAGAGUCCAUCGAGGGCUGGAUCAGAGGAAAGAACAGAAGCAGUCCUAUGACAAACCUUCCCAUGCAGACCACACUGCUCACUCCAAACAGAGCACUGAAGAUGGCCAUCAGUCGAUGGAAAUGUGGCCGCCCGUGACAGCGCAUCAUCAAGUAUCGCAACGCAAAGCAGACACACUUGGCCCGUCUGUGUUGGGACAUCUGCUCGGUUUCUUCAGAAUAAAAAUCAGAGCAUUCCUCACUGCGCUGGACAGCAUACAUCACAUCGUGUGUCCAUGACCAUCAUUCCAACUGAACAGAAUGCCAACGAGGUGAUUCCACCCAAAUGACUGGCAGACGUCGCACUCCAGUGCAUCUUCACUAUUGUAGGUUCGCAUCCCAUAAAUCAUGAAACCAGCCUUGAGUGUGGGGUUGCCUCUACCUUAGAGAAGAAAUACUCGGAUGCUGCAUUGUCCCCUCAGACUAGAGCUGUCCUAUCUAGUCUAGAGCAUGAACUAAUGAAGCCCGCUCGGAUGACAGACGAAACAUCUGCUAACUUGUGAUGGAUUCAAUGCCUUGACAAUACAAUGACUGGAUGAAUGUGGAUAUUCACACAAUUUAUAGAAUAAAUAGUCUUUCUGAACAGUCCAUAGAAGAUUAGGGCCACACAAAAAAGAAUAUCAGAAAAUAGCCAAAAUAUUGGAUAAAGUUGUCAUAUAUAAGUCAAAAUGUUCCAACUCUCGCAAAAGUCGAACAAAUAUUUCAUUUUACAAGAGUAAAGUUUCACAUUUGGAUGAAUUCUAGGUUGCGUUCAGUUAAAAGCUACAAUUACCACUUUUCUUGUAAUACUGCGAUUUUCUUUCUUGGUAGAAACAUGACAUCAUUUUUGUAGUAUCCUACACAGUUUUCCUCUACAAAAGAAUCAAAUAUGACUUUUGUUGGAAAGUAACUUGAAUAUUACACUAUAAAAUAUGAUUUUUUUUCUCUAACAAAAGUAACACAAGAAUAAAAUAGUAAAAUGUGUUACUUUCGUUAGAAAAAAAAUACAUUUUAUAGUGUAAUAUUCAAGUUUUUUCUAAUAACAAAAAUUUUAUUCUCAUAAUAUUCCAAGUGUGUUUGGGAAAAAAUAUCCCAAAUCCCGAAAAAUUUGUAUUCUUGUAAUAUUAUGGCUUUUGUUGGAAAAAAUAUGAUUCUAUAUAGUAAUAUUCCAAUUUCUUUUACUCUAAAAAAGUUCAAAUUUAUUGUAACAUGACUUUUUAAAAAGUAAUUUGUUUUUGGAAAGCCAACUUUAUUUUUGUAGCAUUCUUAUUUUUCUCUCUAAAACGGGUGGUAACUGAAAAGUUAAAGACUUUUUUUUUUUAUUAUUAUUGUUGUGACACGAGCUCUUGCAGCAUCAAAACGUGCCAAUAUUUCUCAUUUAGCGCGUAACAGGUCAUCCAGAAGUCUUAUCAGACUGAGCUACGUCUACUGUGAACCAUAAUGGACGUAAUAUGGAAGUGGCAUUGCGCGAUGCAAGAUUGGAAUCACACGUUGAGUGCUUUAUGCACACUAUAAACCUUGCAAUCCUGUCUGCCUUGGUGUUGCCAGCCUCACUCGGUGGGUUCAACAGAUGGGCCAGUGCUAAUGUCCAAGGGGAAGCUGUAGUAAUUCUACAUUGGAUCAAACUUACGUCAGAUUUGUCAGAUUAAAACAUAAUCGCUGCAUAUGACUUCUAUCAAAAUGUGAUAUGAGCAUCUACUUAAAAAAAUUCACCACUUCUGUUACCUUACUCUAAGCAUCAUGGUUAAAAGAUAGAUAGAUAAAGCUAAGCUACAUUCUGCUAUCUAUGUGACAUGUGUCUUUCACUACACGUGAAUAGAAAUGAUUCGUAGUAGCAGCUACAACUGCCGUAAUGAUUUUAACUUUUACAAUUUGUAGUUUUUGUUUCAAUUAGUGGGAAAAAAACAGUUAAAAGCAUUAUGCUUAGGUCCUGCAUGCAAAGGUAUAAAAAAUGUCAAAAUGUACCUGCAUUGUUUUGUGAAUCAGUUAAAUAAAAAGUCUGUUUGUCCAUCCUUUUAUUUUGUCAUUCUAGUUUUCUUAAAAGUAAUGUUAAUGUAAAGUCUUGUGUCGUUCUCGUGAACCCAAUAGCGCGUACCGUGACACGUCUGCUAAAGCCCCUAAAGCCUAAAGACUUUUUUUUCCUCUGUAUUUUUGGUUAAUUUUUUUCUACCAAGUGCCAUUGGCCACAAAAAAACGAACUGAAAACCAAAAAUGGCCCCUGGGCCAUUCUUUGGACACCACUGUUCUAAAAGAAAAACUUUAUUUUUAUAUUCUGACUUGGUGACAUUAUGGACUUUUUAUUUGAAAAUUCUCUGUUACUUCUUUUUUGUUUUGUUUGUGUGAGUCCAAUAUUGAUAUGACGUCAUUUUUGAUCAGAGGUUAGAAUCAUGAUGCAAUAUUGGGCAUAUAAUGUAAGGAAAGUGUUUUUUUACAGAUUUCCACCCAAAUAAGUGGAUGAUGUUGUAUGUAUGAGAACAUUAAAAGUGAGUUUAAUCAACUUAAAACUGUGUGUCAAAUAAGAAUAUCAAAUAAAACAAAUCA